UGAUAACACUAUACUUUGCUAGGCUAACAGCAAAUGUAUUAAGAAAGCAUGAGAAACCCGGCUGUAGACCUACGAUGAGCAACAACAACAAUAACAAUAACAACAACAACCCCUUUCUUUCGGUCUCCUGUGACAAAUGCAAAAUCCCAAUAACUUCUGAUACAAGGUUCGAGUACCUAUGUGGCCACAUCAUCUGUAGGAUCUGUGACACGGGACGUUCCUGUCAGUACUGCGGGCACCCCGGAGUAGCAAACCAACACAACAACAAUGACGGUCCCAGCACUAGCAAUGAUAUCUGUGAGGCUUGCGAGGACACUGCACUUUACUACUGCGUGACUUGCCCCAAACUUCUUUGUGAACGCUGUGCUCAUAUUCAUAGUGUCAACGCAGCUCGAAAAGACCACCAAGUAGUCUACCUGAAAGACUAUCCGCGUCAAAUUCAAGAUUCAUCAGUUAACUACGAUAUCCCUGAAAACGUUUACCUGCCCAGGAAAAGAACUCCCGAAACUGCCGGGGAAGAUAUCCCCUCUUCCCGCAGGAGAAGACCCCAACUUGACAGACGAGACACCUGGGACCGUUCCGCUGAGACCCGGAAACCCUUCAGGAAGAAUUCCGCGCCAAUAAAACAGUUCUCUUACAGCAAGUCCAUCAGUAGCCGGGCCAGUAGUGUUCAGAGUUUUCAGGAGUCCAUGGAUAAACUAUCUGACAGAUCGUACGACAAGUUCUCUAUGAAAUCAGAGAAGAGCGUAGGGACGGAUGUGUCAGGGGUUGCUUCCAUGAUCAAGAACAACCAUUUCACCAUCAUGGUCUACACCAACAGUGAGCCUGGCUCAGUCUGCAGUGGUCCUCCUGGACAGAUCCGGGUGGUAAGGAACGCUGACCCGACCGCAGAAGUUGAGGCAAUUUUAAGCAAGCCGGACUGUAGAGAUUGUGGUAAGACUGGCUCUAAACCAGUUCCUGAAGAUGGAGAAUAUCAUGACCACAGGGUCUACAUCCAAAGGAAAGCUUCCACUGUAAGCAGCAGCUCAAGCACAAGUUUCAGUAGCCAUUGCUGCGAGUCUCACCUCGGAGAAUACUCCAGGUCUAAAAGCGCGAACCCACACAGUCUGGUCUCCAAAUCUGAUACCAUGGACGAUAUAUCUGACAUCCUAAAUGUUAGCAACGAUCUAAGGAGGUCAGCCUCUCCUCGAGCAGCAAGCCAGGAUACAAGAGGAACUUCUCCUGGGUUGUUUUUAGUGACCUCAGAAGAGGGAAACAGUGAGCCUCCCGAAGAGCAGAUGGUGGAUCUGUAUGAACAAUUGUUUUCUCCUAAUUAUACUACACCACCUCCCAAGUAUGAACACCAUCAUGAUAUCCCCUUACUUUCUGAUAUAGAUAAGGGUACUGAAGGGUUCAUUUCGAACCCUCCUGUUAACCAAAGCACACCAGAAAAUGCCACCAAGGUCGAUAUCCUGGAUACUAAUUUUCCUUCGACUAAGUCAGCUUCUUCUAAAUCCAGCAUUUCGUCAGUUGAUUCCAAACACUCUCCUGGGGAACAAUUAACUCGAUCUUCUUUCCCUGGUUCUAAAGAACCUGUGAAACUUGUCGAUGAUCUUCUUGAUAAAUACACCGCUCCAACGGUAGAACCCUCUGAGAUAGAGAAGUUGCAACACUCAAAUGUAACCAUCACUUCAGAUACGAGUGAGCCUUGUAUGGUCCCUCAAAAGUCAACUGACAAUAUGCCCGAGCUGAUUAAUCGAUCUUCGCCUCUUUUAGAGCGGGUCAGAAAACAAAGUCUGGGCAAAGACAACAUUGAAUUUAUAGACGAGAAGUUGUUUGAUACCAGUAGCGAGGAUGAAGAGGAGGAACCGUUUGUUGGGAAUGAAACAUACCUGACACACUCAUCCCACUACUCUGGGUCGUUAGAAGAGGAUAAUCUGAGUAACAUCGCCGAGGAACCUUCUCUGGAAACCUGCAGUGCUACGGAGAUGAUCGAGCGAAAGGUCUCCGAAUCUAUGACAAAUCUCCAAGAUCAUAUUGAACAGAACCCAGAACACAGUGUAGAAGUUGAUGGCCCUCCUGUUGUGAACAGAUAUGACGUGUUAGUUAUACCCUCAGACAAAUAUCCUGCUGAACCAGAACAGGGACUUUUAGUUUUUGAUGAUGACGAUCCAGAAAUAAUGUUUGAUGUCGAGUCCAUUGGUGAUGAAGGUGAUAUUGAUAUCAUGGUAACCGAGCAAAGUUUCAUUACUGUUAACACUGUCCCCAAUUUCAUCGCUUUAUCAGAAGGAAACGAAGACGAUGAUAAAAUGUCUGUAAAGUCCAUGAGUAGUGAAAGUUCGAAAGCAUCAAGUAAAAAGCAGUUCAGCUACUCGAAACCAAUUUUAACACAUCAAAAUAAGCCUUUACUUUAUUCUGAAGUUUUGAAAUCGAAACCUUCGAAUAUUUUGCCCGAUGACAUUUCGAACAGAAAUCCCCUAGCGAGAUCAUCUUCCGGAGAGAAACUUAGAAAGUCCCUAUCCAAAGACGAUCUUUGUAAAUUCUCUCCUGAAGACAUCGCACAUGAUACACCAGAAUCCAUGAAAGAUGUCCAAAAUAAGCCCAUUAAAAAGUCACCAUCAAAUGGAAGUCUUUCUCGCAUUCCAGUGAGAAGAACAUCUCGAGGAAGCUCUGACAGCAAAGAGCGAUCACGCUCCUCGUCCAGGGACAGUUCAUUGGAGGGUCCAAGGAGAAGGUCUUCAUUAGACAGUAACGGUAAAAACUCAAGGAGAACUUCAAGAUCCUCGUCCGGUGAAAGUUUAAGCAAGAUUCCAAUAAGGCGAUCGUCUCUGGGAAAAAAACGGCGAAAUUCCAAUGAAAUAAUAAGAUCACCCUCCAGAGAUAGCUUGAAAAGUGACCAAAGUGGUAAACCUUACCACUCAAAACCACCACUCCCCAGAUCUCAUUCAAAAGAUGGCAUUGAAAAAAAAACAGACAAUCGUCGUAAGUCUAGCUCAGACUCAAAGGAUUGUCAUGAAAAGAAUAACAUCCCAGACAUUUCUCCCAAAAAAAGUGGGCAAAAAUCCGAAGCUUUUUCUACUAAAUCAACUCCGCCAAAAUCACCUUCGAGAGAAGUAUAUGAAGGUAUAGGGAUAAAAACCUUCUCAAGAUCAACCUCAAAAGAUAGCCUUAGUGGGAAAUCAGAUAUCUCAAUGAAAAGAAGAAGUUCUAGUCCAUCAAAGAUCCCCACCCGGAUGAGCCGGUCAGAGUCAAUAGAAAGCAUAGGGAGAUCAUCAGUUAGCAGUAAAGGUUCGUUCGCGUAUAAGCGAUCGAGAAGUCCCAAGCAGCCCAAUAGUCCCUCUAGAAUCCCAGUGGUCAAAUCCCCUUCAACUGAUCGUAAAGUACGAUACAACUCAAUCUCCUCUAAUAACAGCGAACCUUACAGUACUGGUCAAGUGUUUUCCUUAGUGUCAGCGUCUAAAGAUAGCAUGAUAUCCAGACACAGCACCAUUUCUAACUUAUCCCAACCUCAACCGCUAAAUGAGGAUCAAUUGCACUCUGCCUCAUUGGCAAGUUCUGAUUUUCCCAGUUCUUCUAAAUGUCCACCGGGAGAAAUUUCGGCACAGCCACCUUCUUCAGAUGAUUAUCUACCCCACCACAGAAAAGAUUCGUCCAGCUCAUCAUCAUCUGAUGACAAUCCUCCAAUUGUUUACUUUGACGUAGUUGGGGUCGACCACGCAAAACCCACUGAUGAAAUAACGGAUCAGGCCAAGCUGGAAAGACAGUCGAAUAGGAGUAGAAAUUCUGACAGAAGCAUCAAGUCAUCACAAUCAGGGAACAGCAAACAAUCAGUCUCUUCAAAUCACAGUAAGCCUACAACAAAAACCAGUCUGAUAGAUGAGAAUGAUACAGUGUCCGAAUGCUCAGGAUCCUUCAUCAGUGAUAACAGUUUCUUAAGAAAACACCACUCCGCCCAAAUAACGUACAGUGACUCCGAGGACUCUAAUAACCCUGUCUCCACAAAAAAGAUCAUGUUAGACAGGAUACUGAGUGGGAACUAUGGUAACAAGGGUGAGAAUCUUGGUUUUAUGGAUAGUAUGUCUGAUCGCGAGGGUUCGUUUGCAGGGGUUUCUUCAGAUGGAUUAGAGAAACUAGGGAAGCGAAGGUGCUGUUAG